GCGCCGGCGGCGAGGUAUGGGUCGUCUGCGCUAGCGGGAAGGCCCAAACGGCGGUGCCGUUAGGGCGAACUGUACUACCGCUUGUGGCUGCAGGAUUGGAAGGCCCACAUGCUACGCCCACCUGGAGAAGCAGCAGCCCUUCGACGUGAUCUCGGACUCGCUCAACCCUACAUCGAUCCGAAACUACGACGCCCUGCCACCUACGGGGAGUUCGUCAGCGAGUUCCUGGGCAGGAUGCAGGAGGGGGAGGGACAAGGACGCGGCCGAAAGCGGGGCGGAUGCCGUGCCUAAACACAAACACAUAUGGACGACGUGGCCGCGCCGUGCCCGCGUGCCGCGAAGUGGCCAAAUUUUUUUGGCGCGCGGCAGGCGUGCCGUGCCGUGCCCGCACGCCGAGCCGUGCCAUGCCCGGACAUGAAUGUAGACGACCUUGCAGUGUCGUGCCCGCGUGCCGUGCUGCGCCCAGGAGGAGGAGGAGGAGGAGGAGGAGGAGGAGGAGACGACGAGGAGGAGGAGGAAGAGGAGGCGGAAGAGGAGGCAAGUGUGCCGUGCCGUGCCCGCGGGGCACGAGCCGUGCCGUGCCCGGGUUGCCUGCGGCACCUGGCCGCCCGCGCGGAGCUCUCGCCCUCCUCGAGAGCGUCGGCGCACCGGGCGUGUUCUCGCGUGGCGUUGCCGUGUGGGGUCUCUUUGCUAGUUUUCCUUCGCACCGCCGCCACGUUCCUCCGAUCCACCAGCCACAGAACAGUCAGAACUACGCCAUGCUACGUCCCUACUGCCUACAAUGACACAUUCGAUUGCAAAUAUAUUGUUUUCUAGGGUAAACAUUUCUUGCUUGAUUCGACCGCUUCUUUAGAAGACCAAAACAUCAGAAUGAAUGUCACUUGCACGAUGGCAGCAAUGACUCCGAUUGCAUUUGGUACCCACACAUAUGCAUCACUGUUCGCAAUGCCAAACCCACCUGUCGCCACGGACUGGAAGAAAUUCCACAGACAAAGAUCUAAUGGCCAAGACUUUGUUGAGCGAGUGCUGAUGACUUCGGGCAAAGUCUUGAAGGGGGAUAACGCUAUUUGAGCAGACCCUACAGACCCCAACAUUCCCAACAUAAAGACAGCAGAUCGAGCAAAUAAAUAGCAAGCACUGCACUCCAUACAAAGGAUCAUGCAACCAAGCUGCAGGUAACGUUUGAGUGCUGAACUCCUCAAGUCUCCAGACGGCACAUGUUGAAAAUAGCUCCAUACAUAAAACAACCCCAUGACAACACCUGGGCCGUUAGCUGCUACCAUCGUCAAUAGCGUCACAUCAUUCAGUUCCCAUGCUGAAAAUGCUCCGUAUAUGCACCAUUGGGUGGCGCCAGCCAAAACUGUGAAGUAUGGGUAGCCGUCAUAGCGUAUCACACUCUUGCUCCUCCUGAUCUCCAUGAUGGACGGCAGCGGCGACAUCUGCAAUGCAACUGUGGUGAGCACUGCUGAUCCUUGAAGCGGCAAUAAGAACUUGUGUAGAUACUGCUGGAUACUGGUUGAGACUGCCCGCUCGAGUUGCUGAGAGCUCGCGCCGGAGGUUGCCUCCUCGCUUUGAGCAUCGGCAACCAAGGAGCUCUGAACAUGAAUGGCGGCACAUAUCACCACAUUCCAGGCCAAGGCAACCGCUAUGGCCCGCAACAGUAGUUUCUGCAUCGGCGCUGCAACACAGGAAUGGACUCACGCAACAUGUACGGUACGGUGGACACUAUUCCAGCCAGAACAGCUCUUCAAAAACAAACUUGGGUUCGGCGACCCUAUGAAUCGCUCCGAACAUGAGACGAAGCAAAGACGAGGACACACUCGGGUGAGGAUAAAUCGGGAAUCUCGGACAUCCGG